AUGUAUUUGUCAGCGUCAUACCAUUGGCUUCAUCUAAUUGUGGCUGCUCUGUAUUAUAUAACACCUACUCUGGCAAGAGGUAUUGGUACCAAAUCUCUAGUCACUUGUAUUGAGAACUCCAAAAUAUCAGCUAAUGAAUUCGAAUUACUUUUCAAUCCCGAUGAUAAUUCUGCUCAUUACAAAUUAAAUUUAAAUACAGAAAUAGAUGAUUAUAUACUCGUCGAUAUUGCCAUCUAUGCUUAUGGGUUACAAUUAUUCCGUCAAACUUUCAACCCAUGUUCUGCUGGUUGGAAACAAUUUUGUCCUUUACACCCGGGUAAAGUAGAAAUCGAUUCUGUUGAAUACAUCCCCAAUGAUUUCACAGGUUUGAUCCCAGGUAUCGCUUACACAGUGCCAGAUGUCGAUGCAUCUGCCAAGAUUUUGUUCUAUGAAGCUUCUGAUUUAAGAACACCCACAGCAUGUGUUCAAAUGUUUUUCUCCAAUGGGAAAACCAUCUCAUUACCAGCGGUUAAAUGGGUCAUCGGCCUCAUCACUCUUUCAGGGCUUAUUAUUGCUGCGUUAUUGCAUUUAUUUGGGAAAUCAACUUCUUCUUCACAUAUAGUAGCUUGUUUGAUUUCAUUAUUUUUAUAUUUCCAAUCAGUUUCCAUUGUAUCCAUGCAACAUGUUCAAAAAUUACCACCUUUAGCUGAAGCUUGGUCUGAAAAUUUAGCUUGGACUAUGGGGCUGAUUAGAGUUGGAUUCAUGCAAAAAAUCUUCCGUUGGUUUGUAGCAGCUACAGGUGGUUCUCCAUCUUUAUUCCUUACCUCGACUAUUAUUGCCAUUUUCCCACAAAGAAGGAAAAGAGAAUUUGCAUCUUUGGCUUAUUCAUUAAGAAAAAGAGCCAAUGAUACUUUUUAUGGGAAUGAAAGUACAAUCAUCUUUAGAGGUAUCAAAAGAUUAGCCACAGGUUUGAAUUUGGAAUGUACUUCUGUAGUGUUAACAGCAUUCACUUUCUUUAUGACUUCCAUUUAUAUUUUAUUUGGUUUCACUGUUAUUUCUAAACAAAUGAUAGAAUUAUUAGUUUCCAUUGGUUGGAUUAAACCAUCUAGAUUGGCUCAUUUUAGAAGAAAUUGGAAACCACUUUUAAAGGGGUCCAUCUAUCAUUUCAUCUUCUUAGGGUUUGCUCAAAUCACUGCACUGAGUUGUUGGGAAUACACAGAAAGAGAUUCUGCUGCGGUAAUUGUCAUGACCACCAUCUUGUUAGUCUCUAUUAUCUCAUUAAUGUUAUUAGUAGCUACAAAAGUGGUCAUCGUAGCAAGAAGAUCAAUAAGAGAUCAUGGUAAUCCAACUCAAUUGUUAUUUGGUCAAGAAGAUUUCUAUACAAAAUAUGGGUUUUUCUACAAGAUGUUUAAAUCGAAUUUCUAUUGGUGGAACAUUUACUUAUUAACUACUAUCUUUAUGAAAGCUUCAUUCAUUGGGUUUGGUCAAAGUUCAGGGAAAACUGAAAGUAUCGCUUUUUUCGUAUUGGAUUUACUAUAUUUAUUCUUAUUAAUGAUCUUUAGACCUUAUUUGAAUUUACCCAUGAAUGUUUUGAACAUUUUCAUUGCCAUUGUGGUUUUCUUAAAUUCCACAAUGUUUACAUUUUUCUCAGAAGCUUUCUCAGAUUCAUACAUGAUCUCUGCCAUCUUGGGUGUUGUUUUUGUCAUAAUGAAUAUAUCAUUCUCAGGGUUCCUCAUCUUCUUAAUCACUGUUUUCACCAUCUACAUCUCAAUUAUCAGCAAUCCAAAUAAAUCAUUUUUCGCUCCCAAAGAUGGAAGAAUUGCGUACCAAAAGGAUUUCUCAGAAUAUUUACCUGUAUCAGAAGAUUCAUUCUCAUUAUUACAGGAAAGUACUCGUACUGGAAGUAUCAAUUGGGAUCAUUCAAUUUCUAUUUCAAACGCCCAUGGUACUCCAAAGGAAUUCGAUAAAGAUGGCUUCACAUUGGCUGAUAUGACUACUACCACUCCGGUAAGAUUAGAUUCAAACGACGAGGCAAGCCUUGUAGGCACUCCUUCCACAAGCAAGACUUUAACACCUUCAAGAUUCCAAAGUCCUGUAAAAAUAUUUGCUCCUGGUAUUUUUAAACAUUUGAAAUUGGGUAAAAUUAAAAAACAUAUAAUCUUAAAAGAUGGUUCAAGACAAGAAAUAGAUAUCCCUGAUGACGAUGAAGAUGACGAUGGAGAUGACGAAAAUCAUUUAACUGAUUUUGAUAUCGAUGGCGAAUCCCUUUCAUUCUCAGAGUUGGAUAAUUCAAAUGAAACUGCUCAUGAUAGUCACCACAAUAAUGAUACUUUUAAUAAGAAAGAUAAAAUCCAAUUCGAAGAAAAUGAAUCGAGCGGUAGCCGCAAUGAUACAACAUCUUCCACACACGUAGAUUCACUUCAUGGCCCAUUAUUACAACCUCCUCCAUAUAAUGUCGAUUCUACACCAGAGUUAAACGGACAUUCUACAUGGACUUCAGUUCCAAACAAUAAAAAAGAUGAAGACACAAAUUUAUUAACUGAUAACGAUACUCUACACGAUAAUGACGAGGAACAAAACUGA